AUGAGAAAUAUCUGGAGAGGGCUGAAUGUGAACUGUGCUGAUACUUCAGGAUACACUCCACUACAUCAUGCUGCUCUGAAUGGACACAGGGACGUGGUGCUGAAGCUGCUGCAGUUCGAGGCGUCCACUAACGUGGCGGACAGUAAGGGCUGCUUCCCCCUGCACCUGGCCGCAUGGAGGGGGGACGUGGAGAUCGUCCGCAUCCUCAUCCACCACGGGCCCUCACACUGCAGGGUCAACGAGCAGAACCACGAGAAAGAGACGGCGCUGCACUGCGCGGCCCAGUACGGUCACUCGGACGUGGUGGGCGUCCUGCUCCGCGAGCUGACCGACCCGAGCAUGCGCAACCGGCGCGGCGAGUCGCCGCUGGACCUGGCGGCGCUGUACGGCCGUCUGCCGGUGGUCUGCAUGCUGGUCAACGCCCACCCGGCGCUCAUGCACAGCAACAGCCACACGCGCCACCACACGCCCCUGCACCUGGCCGCCCGCAACGGCCACCACGCCGUCGCCAGCGUCCUCGUCGAGACCGGCAUGGACGUCAACGUGCAGACAGAGAAGGGCAGUGCUCUGCAUGAAGCGGCUCUCUAUGGGAAGAUUGAUGUAGUGCGACUCCUGCUUGACUCAGGGAUUGAUCUGAACAUCAGAGACUGCCAGGGAAGGACAGCACUGGACAUCCUCCGAGAGCACCCAACACAGAAAUCACACCAGAUCGCAGGCCUUAUUCAAGACUACAUGAUGGACGAGUGUGAGCGGAGUCUGCUGGAGGAGCCGGUGCGCCACUGCCCCAUCGCCGCCCCGCGCACCAACAUGUCCUCGCCCGCCGCCUCCCCCUCCCUCAGACACAAGAAUGAGGUGGUGACGGGGGAGCUGUCGCGGCUGCUGAGCGAGAUCAAGCGGUGUCGAGACAGGGACUACUCCUUCGAGGAGCUCUGCCACACCAUCUCCUCCCACUCCAUGGAGAGCUUCGGCAGCGGACGCCUCUCGGACGAGGAGCGCAACGGCACACUCGGCAGGGUCACCAAGAGGCCGACUCCCCCGCUGCCUCCGGCGUUAGAGGAAGAGGAGAAGAGCUGUGGUCCUGCCGGCUUCUGGGAGGUGCUCACCCCCUGCAACGGAUGCAGAAACCUGGGCUUCCCCAGUCUCUCUCAGGAUUCCAAGCGGUCUGGCGAGAUCGUUCCGUCCCCGUCGCUGGACGUGUUUUUGCCAGAGGACGAGGAUAAUCCAUACGAGUCGGUGGCGACGGCCGUCACGCGCAAGCCCUGCUCGCUGGACAUUAGCCGUCCACACUCCUGCCCCCGCAACGGCCAUUCCCCGCAUGUGACCAUUGACGAGUCGGAGCUGUGUAACCAUGGUAACUCGUCCUGUGGGCCGACUCCAGACUGCUCCCCUCCUUCUCCCGACACAGCACUGAGGAACAUCGAGAGAGUCAUCCGUCCGCAGCCCAAGCAGCGUAGCUCGUCCAGCCAGGAUGCCCAGCCGCCCAAGCAUGCCCCAGCGCCGGUGCCCAACCCUGGCUACGACCCGUCGGAGGUGAGCUCGUCCCUGGGCUACGCCAGCUUCAGCACCAGCCCCCCCGCCAGCCCGCCGGUCAGCCCCGCCAACUACUCCGUCUGCUCCGGGGAGGACUGCGUCCUGCCAGACGAGACCCCUUCGCAGCGUGAGUGUGUGUUGAAGGACCCGUCGCGGCGUGAGAGCCGCGUUCCCGAGGAGUUCGCCGGGCUGCUCCACGGCUCCUCGCCGGCCUGCGAGACGCCCGACACGCCCUACCAGCUCUACGGCCGCGUCGCCAGCGCCCCGCCGCGUUACCACGGCAACCUCCUCCUGCCCCCGCCUCCCCCCUCGCCCCCUGCUCCUGCCCCCGUCCCGCUCCCGCGCACCUCCAGCACCUCCUCCACCUCCUCCUCGGCCACCUCCACCUCCAAAGGUCCAGCGCCGCAACCUCCGCAACCACCGCCGCGCGUCGAGCCCAAGCCGCAGAUCCGCUACCGGACCAUCUUCCACACGCGGGUCAACCAGAACCACGAGCCGGAACCCGAACCGGAACCCGCCGUCGGUGGAACCGCCACCACGCGGGUCCAGCCCAGCUCCGGCGCGGCCGUGGCCUCGGCUCCUCCUCCGGCUCCGGCCGAGCUGCGGGGCGCCCAUGUGAGGAACGGCGUGGAGGCCUGGAGCGCGGGCAGCGCUAGCGCCAGUGCUAGCAUCAGCGCUAGCGCCAGCAGCAGCGUGGGCACCAGCCCGUCGGGCAGCAGCAGCGGCACGGCCACGGCCACCGUGGUGGUCUCCUGCUCCUCCUCCGCUGGCAUCGCCGGCGUCGGCGGCAUCGGCGGCGUUGGCAUCGGCGGCAGUGCCCACGGCAGCUUCGAGGAGCGGGCGUGCACGCUGGGCAGGAUGCGCUCGGUGCCGCGCAGCGUCCUGGACCUGCAGCUCUCCCGCUGCAUCUCCAAGUCCGACUCCAACCUGGCGGGCAGCUCGCCCGUGGAGGAGGGGAGAGGGGGAGGCCGGGGACCUGCCAGCCCAGGGAAGGGCAGCCCUGCUGGGGGGAGACUGGAGAGGACGCCCUCCUUCACCGCAGAGUGGGAAGAGAUUGACAAGAUUAUGAGCUCGAUAGGAGCCGGUAUUGGCACGGAUUAGAGGAGGAGGCAGACCACGACUUCUCAGGUGUGACCCCGCUGCCCCGUCCAGUCGGUGGGCCAGUGGCUCGACAACAUCGGCCUCGUCCAGUACGAGAACCACCUGCUGGCCAACGGAUUCGACAACGUGCAGUUCAUGGGCAGCAACGUGGUUGAAGAUCAGGACCUGCUGGAGAUCGGCAUCUUAAACUCGGCACACAGACAGCGCCUCCUACAGGCCAUCCGGUUAUUGCCACGGGUGCGGCCCAUUGGUUAUGAUGGGAACAACCCCACGUCCGUGGCGGAGUGGCUGGAGUCCCUGGAGCUGGGCGACUACACCAAGUCCUUCCUCAUCAACGGCUACACCUCCAUGGAGCUGGUCAAGAAGAUCUGGGAGAUCGAGCUCAUCAACGUGUUGAAGAUCAGUCUGAUUGGUCACAGGAAGAGGAUCCUUGCGUCACUGGGGGAUCGCCUACACGAGGACGUACCUCAGAAACCGCCAAGAGCCAUCUCUCUGAGGGAGCCGAGUGGUAACCACACCCCGCCGCAGCUUUCGCCGUCGCUGAGCCAGCAGGCCUACACCAACGCCGGCUCGCUGGACGUCCAGCACCUCAUCAUGCAGGCCGACGCCCGGCGCCGACGCAAUGACAACUAUUUCGACGACGUGCCGCGCUCCAAACUGGAGCGGCAGAUGGCCCAAGUCAGCAUGCAAGGAGAAUGGUGUGAACCAAUCACGUUGCGACCCCCCAACGAAGCCACAUCAUCCACUCCAGUGCAGUACUGGCAGCAUCAUCCGGAAAAGCUCAUCUUCCAGUCAUGUGACUACGAGGCAUAUUAUCUGGGCUCCAUGCUGGUGAAGGAACUGAGGGGCACAGAGUCAACACAGGACGCCUGCGCCAAGAUGAGGUCGACAGAACAAAUGAAGAAGGUGCCGACGAUCGUGCUCUCUGUCUCCUACAAGGGGGUCAAGUUCAUCGACGCCACCAACAAGAACAUCAUAGCGGAGCAUGAGAUCCGGAACAUCUCGUGUGCGGCGCAGGACCCUGAGGAUCUGUCCACGUUCGCCUACAUCACCAAAGACCUCAAGUCCAGCCACCAUUACUGCCACGUCUUCACCGCCUUCGACGUGAACCUGGCGUAUGAGAUCAUCCUGACGCUGGGCCAGGCGUUUGAGGUGGCCUACCAGCUGGCCCUGCAGGCGCGCAAGAGUGGCCACGGCUCCAGCACGCUGCCCGAGAGCUUCGACAGCAAGCCGGCCAAGCCCGUCCCCAAGCCCCGCGUCAACAUCCGCAAGUCUAUGGAGCAGCCCUCAAUGGACCAGAAGGGCCAUGCCAACGUCCCUUGGAUAGUGGAGCCCAACCAAGAGGCCAAGCGAGGCGCCAACACCAAGGCAAUGGCGGACGCCCAUGUCUAUUACUCUGGAAUGCAAAGAAUGUAGCCAGCCCUUUACAUGGACCCUCUCACACACACACAAUGCAAAAGGACCACAAACAUGGACCCCUGUCUCGCUCUUACACACACACACACAAACAAAGAAACGUGUCAAAGAACUACAAACUUUGGAUGCCUGUUUUCUCUUAAACGUGUCAAAGGACUACAAACAUGGACUGCUGUUUGUUGAAGUGUCAGAGGACUACAAACAUGGACGCUCUCAGGCGUUGACAUUCAAUUAAAAAGUUUACUUCAGCUGAAGACUUCGUCACUUGGUGUCAAAAUGAAUAGACCCAAAGACUAAAUGCCUUUCUCCCAGAAUACAUGUACCCAUAUUCACACGUUCAUACUUACAUACAUACAUACAUACAUGCAUACACACACACACACACACAUACUGUACUCACAAACACACCAACAUUACAUGCAAGCAAAACUAUACAAACGUACAUUGUAAGGACUGCACACUAACAGAUAUUUGUUUGAUUUGAAUGUAAUCGUUAAUUGAGUCUGACCACAAGAACUGCAGCCGCCGAGGAGACAAACAAAACCCCCAGGCAAACUUUUGCUGUGGACAUUCUUUUUUAUUCUUUCUGGUAGACUCGUGCACACACGAAUACACACACACACACACACACACACACAUACUGUACACACACAUACACAUACAGUACAUAGACACACACACACACACACACACACAUACAGUACACACACACACACACACACACCUCUUUUGCUUUCUGAACAAAAUAAAAGCAAGACUACACCUCUGUAUCUCUUAAAGGGGAGUGGCAUGGAAAAAAAAAGAUUGCCUGGUUUGCCGUUUCAGUACUUCUGUUGUUAUUUUUUUGUUUUUUAUUUUGUUUCAUUCUCUUGUUUGUUUAUUUUCUAUCCUUCCCUUUAUGAUAAACAAUACAAUAUGAAUAUGCACAAUGUGAAUGGACUCACCGCAUGGAACUGGUAGGCUAUAACAAAGAGACAUGUAAGUGCUGAUUUCACCUAGAGUGUUCUGCAGACAUGAGUGGCAUGUCUUUAGCAGAUAAAUGUUCAUAUUGAGAGACGUUUUAAAUGUUUAAUAUGAGAUUCUAUUACUGUUAAUUAUAAUUCUAAUUAUUGUUGUUGUGCAAUUCUUGUCUAAUGUUGUCUCAAUGUUACAUUAUUUUUGUAUGACAUGUCAAAAAAUUGGGCUACAGAACAAUAGCCAUUUUCAAAGAAGAUUAAAAGAUAUAUUAUAGUAUUGGAAGAUGGUAAGUGGGUUGGAUUGGGAUUUCAGGUGAACACUUACAGUACUUCAUCAGCUACCAUGGGGCUGAGCUAUACCUUCAAGCAGAUGUUCCUAUUUUGACGCAGUAUUACUGUAUGACUGAUCAUAGCUCACGUGUACAUAAAUAUUUUGCCAAUUUCAUUGUUCAUACUUGUAAGGUAGUUUUAAAAAAAAAAUGAGUUUGCAUUACAAACGCACUGGAAAGAUGGUACCAAAAUCAAAGGUCAAAGAUUAAAAUAAAAAAGAGAAAAUAAAAAUCCAUUUGUUACAUAGAGAUUGUAUGACUGAUGGGUGGGGAGUGUGACAUUAUUUUGACAGAAAAACAAACGUACACACACUCGGGCUUC